ACCAGUUGUGUGUUUGAAGUUAAAAGUAAUUAUUUCUUAGAUAAAUGACUUGGUGAAAUUUCAAAGCGGUCGUUGGAAGCAAUUAAUCAACUAUCGGAAGUUAACAAUUUGUGAAUGUCAUGGUAUUUCAUUUUGAAAACAAUUUGAAGACCAUUUGUUCAGAAGUUUAAUUCUUACAAUGUCAUGGUUAUACGUCCAAAGUGAAGCAAUUAAACGGAUAGGAUUCUACGGCUGGCAGUUAAAUUGUACUUAUAUUCCAAAAUGGAUUUUACAGCUAUUGUGAAUAAAUCACCUGUGAGAAGGAGUUAAUUUGUGUAUGUUUGGAAAACAAUUUAACAUUGAGAACAUAUAAUUAUAAUAGUCUUAUGUAAAACAGACCUGACAAAUGGAUCAUCAUCAACUCCUCGGUAUGAAUGGAUCCAGUGUAAAUCAUUUCCAGACAAUCUUUCACCCAAACUACGGUAUUGCUGGUGGAUAUUCUCGGAAUGGUGGCCUGGAGGGACACAUGUAUGAUACUAGGGCAGGGCCUGCACCCAAUGUCCCCUGUGAUUGCCCACCGCCGUACGCCCACGUUUGGAAUAUAGCUUCAUAUCAUUCGAAUUAUUUACUGCCUUGUUCAACAUCGCCUGUGACCCAUAGUGAUAAAUCGAGAUUAAUCGACGAGUACUCAAAUACCUGCCCACCAGAUGAAGAUUCAAAAUAUUCUCAGUUUUCAAAUUCUUUGAAUUAUAAGGACAAAUAUUUCCAUAGUGAUGGAAACCACUAUGGAUAUAACACACAGACGACAUUGGCAGACGAUAAAUUAUCCGCUGACGACGACUCGCUCGAAGACGCAGACGACAAUGAAAAAGAACACAAUAGCAGUGCAAGUGGUGGCGGGUUCAAGCUAGACCUAUCAGUGAAGUCCCGGAAGGAGCGGACGGCGUUUACGAAGCACCAGAUCCGGGAACUCGAGAAGGAGUUUAACCUCCACAACUACCUCACGCGCCUGCGCAGGUACGAGAUCGCCGUCGCCCUUGACCUAACUGAGAGACAGGUUAAGGUGUGGUUCCAAAACCGUCGAAUGAAAUGGAAGAGGGUCAAGGGCACUCACGUAGUUAAGGAUAAGGUUUCCGGUCAGAUCAAACCCGUGACGUCAAUGGCACCGGUAGUGACGUCAGAGAAUGAGCAGGAAGCAACGAGCAUGAGGACAGUUGAUGAUGACGUCAUUAGAAAUGUGUGCAUGGACUAUGUUUCGGAGUUAUGAUUUAAUUUUUGGUACAAUAGUGUUUAUAUCUCACAUUUAGGUUUAAAAUUAAACGGAAACGUUUGUAUUUCUUGUGUGAUUAUUCAGAAAUUAAAAUAAAAAGGUUGUUACUUUAA